UGCUCUCUCGGCGCCGGACGCCCCCAGCCAGGGGCACCCACCCGGAGCGGGGCAGUCGGGUCUGGGAGACGAGCUGAGGGUGGUGAUUCGAUCGCAACGAGGGAAGGGCCCUGCACUCCAGGCGCCGGCUGCAAAGUGCGUUCCUGCGGCUUCGGCUCACCUGAGAUCGCUGCUGGGGAUCCCCACACUCCUGAAGCGUGAGAUUCCAAGGGCAGGGAAUUAAUCUAGGCGCUUCCCCCACGGAACUCUCCGGGGAGAGCAGCUUGGCUCUGAAAAACCUGCGGGCACUUUCCAUGGAUCUGUGACUGAAGUGUGCAGCUCUCCGGGCAGCCCUGGACUAGAGCCCGGCCGGCGGCAUGUGGCUGCCGCGCAUCUCCAGCACGGCGGUGACCGUGCUCCUGCUGGCGCAGACCGGCAUCCUGCUCUUCCUGGUCUCCUGGCCCAGGCCGCCGUCGCCCGCGAGCGGCAAAGAGCGGGUGCACGUGCUGGUGCUGUCCUCGUGGCGCUCGGGCUCGUCCUUCGUGGGCCAGCUCUUCAGCCAGCACCCCGACGUCUUCUACCUGAUGGAGCCCGGGUGGCACGUGUGGACCACGCUGUCCCAGGCGAGCGCGCCGGCGCUGCACAUGGCCGUGCGCGACGUGGUGCGCUCCGUCUUCCUGUGCGACAUGGACGUGUUCGACGCCUACCUGCCGUGGCGCCGCAACCUGUCGGACCUCUUCCAGUACGCGGUGAGCCGCGCGCUGUGCUCGCCGCCCGCCUGCAGCGCCUUCCCGCGCGGCGCCAUCAGCAGCGAGGCGGUGUGCAAGCCGCUGUGCGCGCGGCAGCCCUUCCGCCUGGCCCAGGAGGCCUGCCGCGCCUACAGCCACGUGGUGCUCAAGGAGGUGCGCUUCUUCAACCUGCAGGUGCUCUACUCGCUGCUGCGGGACCCCGCGCUCAACCUGCGCAUCGUGCACCUGGUGCGCGACCCGCGGGCCGUGCUGCGCUCGCGCGAGCAGACAGCCAAGGCGCUGGCGCGCGACAACGGCAUCGUGCUGGGCACCAACGGCACGUGGGUGGAGGCCGACCCGGGCCUGCGCGUGGUGCGCGAGGUGUGCCGCAGCCACGUGCGCAUAGCCGAGGCCGCCACGCAGAAGCCGCCGCCCUUCCUGCAGGGCCGCUACCGCCUGGUGCGUUUCGAGGAUCUGGCGCGGGCGCCGCUGCCUGAGAUCCGCGCGCUCUACGCCUUCGCGGGCCUGAGCCUCACGCCGCAGCUCGAGGCCUGGAUGCACAACAUCACGCACGGGUCUGGGCCUGGCGCGCGCCGCGAGGCCUUCAAGACCUCGUCGAGGGACGCGGUCAACGUCUCGCAGGCCUGGCGCCACACGCUGCCCUUCGCCAAGAUCCGCCGGGUGCAGGAUCUGUGUGCCGGGGCGCUGCAGCUGCUGGGCUACCGGCCCGUGUUCUCGGAGAGGGAGCAGCGCGACCUCACCCUGGACCUGGUGCUGCCGCGCGGCCCUAGCAGCUUCAGCUGGGCCUCAUCCACAGACACGCACCCUGGACCUUAGCGGACGCCCCUGCGUUGUGGCGGUGGGGAGGGAGCCGGGCACACAGGUCCAGGGCAGCUAUUGGAGGGGCCGGGAGUUUGGGAGCCCUCCCCUGUAAUAGGAACAGACUGAGUCCCCAGAGCUCCAAGCUUCUUCCUUCUUGCUUCUGAAUUUUCUUUUGAGUGCUCCUUAGCAGCUGGAUUCCCAUCAGGCGCACACUUCAUGGAAAGCAAAACUGUGUCCACACUUCUGGGCACAGGGAAUGAGUUCAGGUGACUUGGCUGUACUCAAGUGCUUUCUUCCAAAGUCUGUUUUCCUUUUGGAUGCAUCGUCCAGCAGCUGAGAAGGGGGCCCCAGCCCUGUUUUAGAGUAGAGGGGCAUCGUGGUGAGGCCGGCUCUGAAAUCUGUACAGCACCCCCACCCAACACACACACACACUCUGGACUUCGGUCCCCCAUGUCCCACCGCCACACUCUAGCAAAGCAACUGGCCUUUAUAUUCACUUCUUUCUUUCAGCAAGAAAUCAGACAAGAUGCCUCUUAUCUUGUGAUCUCCCUGUGGCUUCUCUCUGCCCCGUUACCUGCCCAGUUACCUGGGGUAAACCUUUGAUUUGUCUUGACCCAAAGGAUCCUACCCACAGAAAUAAACAUAGUAAUUUUUGUUUA